UGGAAACAUUCAUAAAUGGUGCAAUGGAGGACAUUAUCAUUGUUUUUUUUUUAUUAUUUUUGUUUAGCAGUUUCCUUUUCACAACAAUCUAUUUUAAUUUCAGCAUUACAACAAAACUUAACUGGCAACCCCGAUUUUUAUGCCCUCAUCAGACAAGCUCCGCAACAGCCUAUCCCAGGCUCUCCAGAUUUUCAUGCAAUCAAGCAAGGCUAUGACAUGUCAACUUUCAUUAGAAGAUAUGCCAAAUAUUUGAACGAAAAAGCCAUUUCUUACAGAUUAAUGGCAUUCGACUUCUGUAAAAUAAAGAGAGGAAAAGAUGACGGAACGUUAAGAACCAUGAAUGCAGAAAAGCUUUUGAAAACUUUGCCUGUUUUACAGAAACAAAUGGACGCCCUUCUUGAUUUUUAUUGCACACCAAAUGAAUUGACCAAUGGAGUUAUAAACGCUUGCUUCCUGCUUUUGUUUAAAGAUUUGAUCCGGUUAUUUGCUUGUUACAACGAUGGCAUUAUCAAUUUAUUGGAAAAAUACUUUGAUAUGAAUAAAAAGCAAUGUAAAGAAGCUUUGGAUAUUUACAAGAAAUUCCUUGUCAGAAUGGAUAAAGUGUCAGAAUUUUUGAAAGUAGCCGAGAAUGUUGGAAUUGACAAAGGGGAUAUCCCAGACUUAGCUAAGGCACCUUCGAGUCUGCUUGAUGCCUUAGAGCAACAUUACGCAUCUUUAGAGGGCAAGAAAAUUCCAGGCUCUUCAUCUAAGCCAGCAGGCUUCACUGCUGCUCUGAAUACUAUGGCUGACCAAAAUGUUGCUUUUAGUGGUGUUUCAGAUGAUGAAAAAAGGAAAAUUCUCGAUGAUGAAACUCAGCGUUUGAAUCAAUUAAAGUCAACCGAAUUCUCAGAGACAACUAGUGCAAGCUCUGAUCAACGAAUUAAGGAAUUAAACCAGACCUCUCCACAGACCUCCCCACAGAAUCAGCCAGCUACGUAUGCGUCGACGAACCCAUUCAGCAGUGGCCCAGCAGAGGCCGUCACCUCUGACCUGCUCCUCGAUACUAGUUUGACAACCACACAACCCGCAAAACCAAUCAGUGACCUGCUCGGUCUGUCUGCCUCCACUAACCCAUUCGUCGACAGUCUUCCCACAAAUGCAGUGUCACCUGGUCAAACCACCACAAUGACUUCGAUGGGCUGGACAGCGAAACCAGCAUCCCCCGCCAUGAAUGCCACAAACCAAGCCGGAGAAUCAGCAUUUACCACUGAUGCAGCUUUUGCUGCAGCAUUCCCUAAUUCCUCAGUAUCAACAGCAGGGGUAAUGGACAUGAUAUCUCCUUCUAAUGCUGCUACCACUACUACUACUACUUCUGCAUCUCUUGCUGCAAUGGCACAGAGCACUACACCAGCGCCACCUGCAGUCCAUACGGAACUGGAAGACCUUCUCGAUCCGCUGGAAGCUCUCGAUCCGCUGGCUCCUAAACGACCUGUAAGUCCAGCGUUCGUUCGGCCAGUCAGUCCAGCUAUUGUCCCUCCGGCGAGUCCAGCCUUCAAUCGGCCGGUCAGUCCCGUCACUGGCUCCACCUUCAAUGCUCCGGUCAGUCCGUCUGCUACUGCUUUUAAUCCGCCAGCCAGCCCAUCAUCUUCGUGUUUCAAACCGCCAGCAAGUCCUUCAGCUCAGCGUAGUGUGACUCCUACCUACAUGGAUAACCGAGACAAAGGACUGCAGGACUUAACUAGUCCUGCAAUGACCACUGGAUCUGACCCAGGUACUACCAUUCCACCUUGCUGA